UCAUACUGCUAAUGCGACUCUGUUCGAAAGAAAGAAAUUGACAGCUCUUCUUCGAAAUUGAUUUGACAUUUUCGAAACUCAGCCAUCUUUCUUUUUUCGCGAAUCCCUCGCUAGUGUGAAGUUAAAAAACACAAAAUGCAAUUGUUCGUACGUGGUUUUGAAACCGUAGAGGCCCUCGAGGUGCUGCCUACCGCUACUAUUGCCGAAGUUAAGGCACAAAUCGCUCAAGCCCAUGGCUUGAACACUGAAGAAAUCACAUUGAAUUGUGAAGGCAAUUCACUCUGCAAUGAUGCCGCUGUGACAUCCUUGGCUUCCUUCGAGUUGGAUAUCACUGUACCAAUGUUGGGUGGUAAAGUGCACGGUUCUUUAGCGCGUGCCGGUAAGGUCAAGGGACAAACCCCAAAGGUUGAGAAACAAGAAAAGAAGAAGAAGAAGACUGGUCGCGCAAAGAGGAGGAUCCAGUACAACCGUCGUUUCGUCAACAUUGUGCAAGGUUUCGGUCGCCGUCGUGGCCCCAACGCCAACUCGAACUAAGCUUAUCAGUAACAGUUAACAAGUUCUUGUGGGUUAUUGCUUUUAUACGUGUAAAAUGAAAUUGAUUUUCACCAACAAAUUAUAUUAAAGUAAUAUAAAUAAGUAUGUGAA